AUGAAAGCCAGCCAACAUCGAACAAGGCACGUCGGCCUCAUCAGAUCAGGCGAGGCCGCUUAUGGGCAGCUUUCCCCCACGUUCGUUCACGGUAGGGCUUGCUAUAAAAAGGCAAAAGCCGCCACUAAGCCAUUCCACCUCUUCGUACUAUUCAAACAAGGCGAGCGGCAUCACUGCCUACUGAGCAGUUGUCACUACUUUUCAGUAAUAGUGUUCAAUUUUUCAUCUACCUCAUCGACGGACCGUUUUCCAUCGUUCUCAUAUCAAGCUCCAUCAACGUGCGACGCCUACGUUCCUCUUUGCACCAGUACUGUGACACGCUUGGCAUCUGCCCCGGUCCUAUUCGUGCAGCGCAGCACAGCUGUCAAUUGCCGAUUUCUACGACAUUAUGAAGACCGUAUGUCUCUGCCUGGUGCUGUGUGUCGCGGCCGCCGUUUUAGCACACCCGCAUCAUGGCCAAGGUGGGCGCAGGAGAGGUGGACCACCUCGUCUCGGAAGACGACCUGCGCUGUGGUUCUCACCAAUCCUCCUUCGUAAACUGUGUGCGCAAAUUCAAUUCCCAUCCUCCACAAUACCGGGAGUGACUCUGGAUGGCAGCACUGUUACUGUCUCAUUCGGCAGUGAAUCUACGGUGAAUUCUUCACCAUCAGAUUCUACGAUUACAUCGUCAAGUACUUGACAGACUUCCCAGGGAAUUACACUCACUCCAGGUGUUUGAUAUUGUCCAUGUACCACAAAUAACAAUAAAGUUUGCUCCACCAUCAAGCAUACGCUUCGCUGAAGCAAGAAGAAAUGUGAGGACGAUAGCCGAGGAGCCUACGUAAAACGUAAAAUGAAUAAAUAAAAAGACGUAAAUUACAGAGAAAUAAAGUACUAGCGGCAUCGUCACCU